CUCCUCGCAUGGUGGGUUCUCCUCUCCAGUCAGAUAUCCAGCCCGCCCCUCUUCCUCUUCCGUCUGACAGCGCGAACCUGUCGUGAGUCACCCCGCGAGUGACAGCCCUGCCACACCCUGCCUGCCACCCCGACUAGUCGCUGUCGCUGAGCUGACAGAAAUAAGAUCGCAACAACCUUUCCUCGCACCCUCGCAUCCUUCCAGACAAGGCACAAUCAUAGAAAGACACAGGGAGGAAUAUACAGCGACAAAUACACAAUGCCCAACCCCAACAAUAAAGGCCGCCCGCCCCUCAGCCGCGCCGUGACCGUGUCCAAAGCCCUGAGCUACAUCCUGCGCCAUGCGGCCGAGAAAGAGGGACUGAAGAUGGACGCCCAGGGUUAUGCUAAUGUUGCGGAUGUGCUCGCCUGGCGAAAACUCAAAUCCCUCAAAGCGACCUUUCCCGAAAUCGUCGACGCGGUCGCCAACUCGGACAAGAAGCGGUUCGCGCUGCUGUAUAUCCCGUCUGGUGAUUCUGGCACGCCUGCAACCACAUCCACAGCUACAGAUACAGCCACAUCUACGGAUACACCCACCGAUCCCACCCAACAAACCGAACAAACAACCCUCACAGCCCUCGCCGCCGCAACAUCCACCCCCACGCCGCCCUCCUCCUCCUUCCUCAUCCGGGCCACCCAAGGCCAUAGCAUCAAGAGCAUCGAAGCCGCCGGCCUUCUCGAAAAACUCACCCUGGACGACAAAGCCAGCGACAAAUUCCCCAAGACCGUCGUGCACGGGACGUUCCACUCGACGUGGCCGGCGAUUUUCGCCUCCGGGGGACUGAAAUGUAUGGGGCGGAAUCAGGUGCAUUUUGCCACCGGGCCGGCGUUAGAAGAGGUUUUGGGGGAGAUUGCGAAGAGGAAGCAGCAGAAGAAUACGGACGGGGAAGGGGAAACGGGAGAGAAGGGAGAGGCUGGGAAAGUCAUCUCGGGGAUGCGUCGCGACGCGCAGGUGCUGGUUUAUGUAAAUGUGGAGCGGGCGUUGGCGGCGGGGUGUCCGUUCUGGAGGAGUGAGAACGGGGUGGUGCUGAGCGAGGGGAUGGAGGUGGAGGUCGAUGGCAAGAAGGAGACGAUGGUGCCAUUGUCGGUGGUGGAUGUGGUGGUGGAGCGGAAGCUGGGGUUGGGGCGGAUGUGGGAGAAGGGCGCCGUGGUGCAGCAGUGGCCGUCGGAAUGGGGGACGCGGCCGCCGGUGAAGGGGAAGGGAAGGGGGAGGGGGCGGGGGUCCGACGGGAGGGAUCAGCAGCAGCAGCAGCAGUAA